GAUCUGUCUGUGCCACCGUCUCUCUCCUAGGUUUCAAUAAAGUUUUCCUCUCCGCUCCCUUGUACGGAGCUCAAGAUGGCGACCUCCUGUGCUCCCUUGCUGACUGUGCGCUCGCUCGUGCAGAGGCGGUUGAGGGGGAGAUUGGUUAGGUGCGGGGACUGGGCCGCCGCCCCUGGGAAGCCCCUUUGGAAAGCCUAUACGGUUCCGACUUCUGGGAAUAUGGUCAUAACUGCUGCGACAGAGGCUUCUUCGAAAGCUUUGGCUGUUUGCCACGGACCUCUGGACCACUAUGACUUUCUGAUAAAAGCGCAAGAGAUAAAGGAUGAUGAACAUCAAAGAAGAGUCAUGCGGUGUUUGCAGAAAUUACACGAGGACCUUAAAGGAUACAGCCUCGAGGCAGAGGGUCUGUUUUCAAAGCUUUUUUCAAAGAGGAAACCUCCAAGGGGGCUGUAUGUUUAUGGAGAUGUUGGUACAGGAAAAACAAUGGUGAUGGACAUGUUUUAUACGUAUGCAGAAAUGAAGAGGAAAAAGCGGGUUCAUUUUCAUGGUUUCAUGCUUGAUGUGCACCAAAGAAUACAUCGCCUUAAACAGAGCUUGCCAAAGAGGAAGCCGGGAUUCAUGGCUAAAUCAUAUGACCCCAUAGCUCCUAUAGCUGAAGAAAUCAGUGAGGAAGCUUGUCUUUUAUGUUUUGAUGAAUUUCAGGUCACUGACAUUGCUGAUGCCAUGAUUCUGAAACAGCUUUUUGAAAAUCUGUUCAAAAGCGGGGUCGUCGUUGUGGCAACGUCCAACAGGCCACCGGAAGAUCUUUAUAAAAAUGGACUCCAAAGAGCUAACUUUGUACCAUUCAUAGCAGUCCUGAAGGAGUACUGUCACACGGUCCGGCUAGAUUCGGGGAUAGAUUACCGGAAAAGGUCUCUUCCUGCUGCGGGAAAACUCUAUUACCUCACAAGUGAAGCUGAUGUGGAGGCUGUCAUGGAUAAGUUGUUUGAUGAGCUGGCUCAGAAACAAAAUGAUUUAACUAGACCAAGGAUUCUGAAAGUACAAGGCAGAGAGCUGCGGCUGCAUAAAGCCUGCGGAACCAUUGCCGACUGCGCGUUUGAAGAGCUGUGCGAGAGACCGCUUGGGGCCAGUGACUACUUGGAACUCUCGAGGAAUUUUGAUACCGUGUUUGUACGAAACAUUCCACAAUUCACCCUGGCAAAGAGGACUCAAGCUCGGAGGUUCAUAACUCUCAUCGAUAACUUUUAUGAUUUCAAGGUGCGAAUAAUUUGCUCUGCGGAGACGCCUCUCUCCAGCCUAUUUUUGCAUCAACAUCACGACAGUGAGUUGGAGCAAAGCAGAAUACUGAUGGAUGAUUUGGGGCUGAGCCAGGACUCAGCGGCAAGCCUUUCCAUGUUCACGGGCGAAGAGGAGAUCUUUGCCUCCCAGCGAACACUCUCCCGGCUCACGGAGAUGCAGACGGAGCAGUACUGGGUCGAGGGCGACCGCAGCAGCAAGAAGUAGCGGCCUUCCCGGCGCAGCCAAGCCAGCGACACACGGCCUCGAGCAAGAUUCGAAGCCAUCCCUUUAUCCUCGCUGGACCAUCGGUAGCUAAAACUGCUGUAAAAAAAAUGUUGCGGAUUCAUCAAUUUAAGCCCUUUUCAUAAGCUUACUUUGUGGGGUACUGGGGUGCUGGGGGAGGGGGUAUUUACUUAGAGUCCGGUCGGUGGCACCUCUUCGGGAAGCAAUGGAGGACCCGUGCGCAUCUUGUAAGUCCGCCUGAGUGGCCCAGGAAGUGCACAGACCCUCAGGGGCCCAGAGUGGCUGGGUGGCCCAAGGUCUGGCUGCAGAAUCACAGCUUUCAUCCAAGGAAGAUCGGCGGCACCGUUUCUUUUCAAACCAAGGAAGGUGGUGUGAUUUAUUGAUCACAAGGUGAAUACUGUUUCAGAACACAGCGAUGAGAACUUCAUAAAGCCACGCCUCCAGGUGUCCAGCAGGGCAGAGUAUGUCCUUGGCCCCAGAGGGAGCGCCAGCUGGGCAGGCAGGGACCCAUCUCAAGCUAAGUCAGGAUUGCAGAAGCAAUGAGGCUUUGGCACCGUGGGCUUUAGAGCGCGAGUGUUCAAUCCCCAGAGCACAUCAUCCUGAAGACCCAGGAUGGAACUUGAAGGGGGCAGAAGCACUGCGGCUCAAGGGAGGCCUGCAGGUCUGCAGUGGACAGGUAGGCCCUCGGCACACCGGGUGCAUUUGUGCUCCCUGCAGCAGGCCACACCCGGGACCCACGCUAACCCCUCCCCUGCUGCUGCCACUGGCCGCUGGCUGGCUGGGGAAUAGGAAACACUUGCCCAACCUGUUUUAAAUCAAGUCUGCUCUGCACUGGGGCCUUUUCUUGACUCUGAAAGACGACCCGACCUUGCUAACUAUUGCCACAGAGGGAAACGUGGCUGAGACUCUUGGGUCCAGAUCCUGCUUUUAAACAGGUGGGGCUAUUAUAACUCUUGAAAAUCAAGCUCUUGUUUGGGUCAGCACAGGUGAAUCCGUUCAAAUAAAAGGUUGUACUGUACUAGUCAAUAUAAAUAAGCUGUGUAAACCUAUUGAGCCUGUUUAAUGUAUUAAUAACCCAUCCACACCAACCUAUGGUGGACAUGACCCUACUACAUAAGUCAAGCAAUGCAUGGGUUUGGGACCCACGUUAGAGACAGGAUGAGAACUAACCAGGAUGAGA